UGCUGAUUGGCUGACUCGUGUAGGAAGAGGAUGUCGGGACAGCAAAGAUGUCCGCGCUCAUUUGAAAACCUGCUGUAGCCAAAUCCUUAGUUUGGCACUUAAUACGAGAUGUUUUAAUGUUAGCAUUGGUGACGACGGUGUGCUCAAGCAAGGAUCAUACUAAGGAAAGAAAAGGACUCCGCGACAAGAGCCAGACUAUUCCUUAUUAUCAGAAAUAAUGCUGAUAUCUGGAACUCAUGUCGGAAGUCGUGUAUGAAGAGACAGCCACGAUGAUUGCCGCAGGGGAAUUGCAGUCGUUUGUCCCGUUUGGCCGUGAGCACUGCAGGAACCAUCCAAAUGCCUUCAACCUGCAGCUCAGAGAGCUCCAGCCCGCCUCCGAGCUCUGGUCGUCAGACGGCGCCGCCGGCUUGGUGGGGUCCCUGCAGGAAGUCAGUCUGCAGGAGAGAGAGAGGGAAUACUGGCAGCUUAGGAAGGGCUGCACGGGAGUCAGGGAGGAGGAUGUGGAGUUUGAAGAGGAGCUCUACACAGCAGGAACUGUGGUCGUCUGGAGCCACGGCAGUCGGACCCAAGGCUCCAACGUAUACAAGGCCUUCACCGUUGACAGCCCAGUGCAGCAGGCCUUAUGGUGUAACUUUGCUGUUCCUCAGAACAAGAAAGAUGAGGAGGAAGUGGAGCAGACAGUGUGUAUCGUACAGAGUAGCUGUGUCAACGUUCACACUGUGACUGGGAAGGAUUUCAUCUCACCACUGCCCUUCCAGGUCUCAAAUGUCUGGGCGACCAAGUUUGGACUUCUGUUAGAACGAAAAAACACAGCAACGGACGCACAACUCGCCCCCCUCGGGGAACCUCUGCCCACAGUGUUCAGCAUGCUGCAUCCUCUAGACGAGAUCGCACCAAUAGUGUGUAAACCUACAGGUCUGUUUGAAGGCUCCCGUGUACAGUAUGCAUCUGAUGCCACCAUGAAGAUAGUGUUCAGCUGCUGUCAGCCCUCUGUAGUUGUCUCCUAUGACACUGUACAGGGAAUACACUCCGUCUGGACCCUGCGCAAGGUCACACAUGAUGAGCGUUCUACAGUCCUGCGAUGUACAGCAGAUCCAGUUGGCACACCGUUGGGUCUGAUGGCAUCAGGCUUCCUGACCUCUCACCUCCGUAAUAUCUCCCGCCUGGACUCCCCUGGUGGCAGUGGGGCAACCGGACUUGGUCCCGGAACUGGAACAAGUUGUGCUGUUGGUACUAGCUCUCCUCUCCACUACAGCGCUCUGCACAGCCACCAGAGCAGGAUCAUGACUUCUUCACCUGGAUUACACUCUCGUGUUCAUUCCCCUAGUAUAUCCAACAUGGCUGCCCUCAGCCGUGCCCACUCUCCAGGCAUGGCAGCUCCGUCCUUUUCAGGUGCGGCUCGUUUCAACACGUCUUUCCACAGCCCGUCCCAUAGGGCGCACCAUGGCUUGUUACCCUCUCCCAACAGCACGGUCAAUGAGACGAUGUUGGCGCCAGAGAUGGAGCCCAUCGUACCUGACCUCUGCAUGGAGCAGCUGUGGAGUGAGACAGUCACAGCUGGCUGUCACAGGGAGAUGAGCAGCCAGGCGUCCAAAGUAUUCCUGACCUCUGACCUGUGCGAGAACCGCUACCUCUGUUUCCUGGUGGAGUCUCACCAACAGCUCAGAUGUGUGAAAUUUAUUGAGAGCAACGAUACGUCUCAGCUUAUCUUCGCCUCAGCCACGACCAUCCCUGCCAAAGAUGCAGAGCCUCUGCCGAAUAUAGAUGCCAUGCUGGUUCUGGAGGCCUGUGGCAGUCUGGUUCUCUACACAGGAAUCACCAGGGUCAGUAAGGUGUUUGUCCCUGGCCUCCUGUCGCCCACCUUCAGCCUGACCAACCACCUCCCUCACCUCAGCACGCUGGUGGAGAACGUUAGCACGCCGACUAAUGCUGGCAGUAGGCACCUCCAAAGACUGGAUGAGGCCGUAAUGCCUUCACCAGUGUCAGAGCUUAGGGGUCCAAACAUUAAGCACCACGAAGGUUCAUUUUUGGAAGAUUACACUUUCCAACAAGCCACGAAUUACAUCCAUGCCUUGCGGGACCCCGUCUGCAACCGGGUCACUUUGGAACUAAGGAGUGGCACAAUGCUGAGGAUCUCUAUCCCAGAGAUUGCUACCUCAGAGCUCGUGAGGAAAUGCCUUCAGGCGAUUCGUUUCAUCCUGCCCAAAGAAGCUGCCAUAAAGGUUUUGGUGAAGUGGUAUAACAUCUACAACGCCCCUGGUGGUCCCAGUGCACAUGCAGAGUGGAACCUGUUUGUCACCUGUUUCAUGACACUGAUGGGGUACAACACUGAGCGCCUGACCUGGACAAGAAAUCUGCAUUUUGAAGUGCCUCUCUCUCCAGUGAUUGCAGCCAAAAAGGCUCGUCCCUCUGACGGAGGCUCUGAUGAGGACUGGGACUACUUGUUGGGGUCUCAUUACCACCGUCAGAUGAAUUCCCAGCCUGUCUGUGGUCCAGUGGACUCCAGUGGCUCCAGCAAUACUCUUAUCACAGAAACUGAGGGCCUGUCCUCUGCGUCCUCUCCCUCCAGUCCAUCUCUGAAGUUGGACAGUUCAGCUCCUCUCUUUCCUCACAUUCCUGCUCUUUUCUACGUUCUCCAUCUGCUCUAUCAGGAGCUGCAGCUGGACGAGCUGCAGAGAGCACGAGCCACAUCACUGGUCUGUCUGCUGCAACAGUUGGCCAGAGACCUCCAGUUGGAAGAGUAUGUGGAUCUGUACUGGAGAGACUAUCCUUCAUUAAUUAGUGGCUUCAAUGAGAGCUGCCUCAUAGACCAUGCCUUGUUUGGUCAGAUGCAGCGUCCGUCCUUCCUGAGGGCAGAGCCUCCCUGUGUGCUCAGCUGGCUCAGUAGCUGUCUGAGAGGGGAGGAGAUUCCGCCUUUCCCCUACCUGCCCAGCAUCUGUCAGAGGACCAGGCUGCUGGUUCUGAGUUAUGCUCUCUACAUCACUGGAGAUGAAAAUGCUACUUCGACAGAUGUAUCAAAGUACCUGGCCAAGCUCUCUGCAGGCCAGAAGUCUUGUUCCAGUGAUCCGCACUACAGAAGACAGAGCAGUGUGAAGGUCAAGUUUUCCUGUGAGAGUCUGGCUGAGCAGCUUGUGGUCUGGCUCACUUCAGAAGGUUUUACCCUGAAGGACCUGGAGUCAGUCCCCUUUGGCGUGGCUUUGCCUAUCAGAGAGGCCAUCUACCGCUGCCGGGAACAGCCGUGUUCUGAUUGGUCCGAGGAGGUCUGUCUGCUGAUAGGGCGACAGGAUCUGACCAAACAAGCCCACAAGAUGACCCUGGCCAAGAGCAAAGCUUCUGUAGGUUCAGGUCUGUCCUUGGAACCUCCUGCGACCACAGAAGCAGAUGAGGAAGAAGAUGGGAUGUCGGACAUUAUUCAAGAGGUCACAGGCCUGAUCUGGAGUCAGGAUCUGAGGGUCCAGGAAGUCAGGAGGCUCCUGCAGAGCUCCAGGCCGGUCCGGGUCAGUGUUGUCCAGUUACCAGAGGUUUCUGACCACGAGUACAUAGAGGAGAAAGAGAACAAACUCCUGCAGUUGUGUCAGAGGACCAUGGCUCUUCCAGUUGGCCGAGGCCUCUUCACUCUCUUCUCCUAUCACCCUGUACCGACUGAACCUUUACCUGUCCCAAAACUCAACCUGACAGGCCGCGCUCCUCCUAGAAACACUAUGGUAGAUCUAAACAGCGGGAACAUUGAUGUUCCUCCCAACAUGACCAGCUGGCCCAGCUUCCAUAAUGGAGUAGCUGCUGGACUCAAAAUAGCUCCUGCUUCACAGGUGGACUCAGCCUGGAUAGCCUACAACAAGCCAAAGAGCCCUGAGCUGGCUAAUGAGUAUGCAGGCUUCCUUAUGGCCCUGGGCCUCAAUGGGCACCUCACCAAGCUGGCCACGCUCAACAUACAUGACUACCUCACCAAGGGCCAUGAGAUGACCAGCAUCGGGCUCCUGCUGGGCGUGUCUUCAGCCAAACUGGGCACCAUGGACAUGUCAAUUACCCGCCUGCUUAGUAUACACAUCCCUGCCCUUCUCCCACCCACCUCCACUGAGCUUGAUGUACCACACAAUGUUCAGGUUGCUGCUGUAAUUGGCAUUGGGCUGGUGUACCAAGGAACAGGACACAGACACAAUGCCGAAGUGUUGCUGUCUGAGAUAGGUCGACCUCCUGGUCCAGAGAUGGAGUACUGUACAGACAGAGAGUCUUAUUCACUAGCUGCUGGACUAGCCCUGGGAAUGGUCUGUCUGGGGCAUGGCAGUAACCUGAUUGGGAUGACAGACCUGAAUGUCCCUGAGCAGUUGUAUCAGUACAUGGUGGGGGGCCACCGCAGAGCUCAGGCCGGGGCCAGCAGGGAGAGACACAAGUCCCCCAGCUACCAAAUCAAGGAGGGUGACACUAUAAAUGUAGACGUGACUUGCCCAGGGGCCACGCUGGCCCUCGCCAUGAUCUACCUCAAGACCAACAACAGGUCGAUUGCUGAUUGGCUGAAACCUCCAGACACUUGGUUCCUGCUGGAUUUCAUCAAGCCAGAGUUUCUGCUGCUGAGGACUCUUGCUCGAUGUAUUAUCAUGUGGGAUGAAAUCCUCCCUAAUACUGAGUGGGUCAAGAGUAACAUACCCCAGAUCAUGAGGGGCACAUUUGACCCUUCAGAAGACAUUAACAUGGAGACAAUGGCCCAAGCCCAAGACUACAUUACUGCCGGGGCCUGUCUGGCAUUGGGUUUACGCUUCGCCGGCUCUGCCAACUCUGAUGCCUUCGACUGCCUCUACGAGUUUGCCAAGACCUUUAUGAAGAUCAUGUCCUUCGCUGGUACAGCUGCUGUUCAGAUGGGUUAUUACAACCUGCAGACUGGUCUGUCAAUGAUUCUGCUGGCUAUGUCCAUGGUGAUGGCCGGCACCGGGAACCUGAAGGUCCUGCAGCUCUGUCGCUUCUUCCACAAGCGGACCGGCGGCGAGAUGAACUACGGCUUCCACAUGGCUCAUCACAUGGCACUGGGUCUGCUCUUCCUGGGAGGGGGCAGGUACACCCUGAGCACCUCCAAUUCAGCCAUUGCUGCCCUCCUGUGUGCCCUGUACCCCCACUUCCCUGCUCACAGUACUGACAACCGCUACCACCUGCAGGCCCUGCGGCACCUGGCCGUGCUGGCUGCAGAGCCACGCCUGCUGGUCCCUGUGGACGUGGACUCCCUGAAGCCCUGCUACGCCCUCUUAGAGGUCACCUACAAGGAGACCAAGUGGUACGAUGAGACGACCGUAGAAUUGAUGGCUCCCACCAUGCUUCCUGAGCUGCACCUUCUCAAACGGAUAAAGGUGAAGGGGCCACGAUACUGGGAACUGUCGGUAGACCUCAGCAAAGAAACACAGCAUCUAAAGUCCAUCCUCUCCAGAGAUGGGGUGUUGUAUGUAAAACUACGGGCGGGCCAGCUGCCCUACAAAGACGACCCUCAAGGCUGGAAGAGCCUGCUGGCCUCCACCGUCAACCAUCGCAACUCUGGAGUGAGAGCCUUCAAGCCUGAAGCCAUCUCUACGUUCACCUCAGAGCCCGCCUUGGUCUCCUUUGCAGAGUUCUUCUGUAAAACAUCUGAAGGAAUGAAACACAGAGAGGAUACUCUAGUGUUGUUCUCGGCCAUGCUGUAUGAAUGUGUGACGCAGGAAUGUCCAGAGAUGCUGCCCACGUAUAUUGCCAUUGAGCAGGUAGUGGGUGCUCUGCGUCGGGGUGACCUGCUGCAGACCUUCCCCCUGUGGCAGAUGCGUCUGGUGGUGGAGUUGUGGGACAGUAGGGUGCUCCGGGGUCCCGCUGACCGUCACGACACCCUGCUCACCUCCGAGUUCCUUCCCGUGAUGAAGAACAUGGUGGAUGUAGCACUGGACAGCUGGCUCAAAGACAACAGCUCAGUGUUGAGGUCCUACAUGAGGGGCGAGACCCUCCCUAAGGAUGCCCAGUCCAUCUUGUUGGCCUGCUUCCUGGUGUACCGCUCAAUCCCCUUCCUCAGGAACACACACACACAGCUGGAGGGCUGCAGCUCACUCGGGGAUUUAUUGUCACGUAGCAGCCAGCUGGGGAUCCCUCUCAGAGACCUGCUGAGGCUGGUACCCGUCCUGCUGGGCUCUGCAUCCGGAUCACACACACUGCAUGGCCUUCCUCUGCAAGCAUUUUGAUCCUGAUGCUCAGUAUUAGUCAACUGGCUAGUAACCUCUCAGAGAUGCAGUUCAUAGCCUUACGUUCCCACUGUGGGCACAGGUAGGACAGAUAACUAAUUUCUACCUGUAACACCUGCAGGUGUGUGCAGCAAGUGGGACUAAAUGUGACCAUAAGAGGUCUUGUGUCUUACUGCAUCACUGUGGCAUGGCUGCCCUGCCUCUGAGAACUGUGGAAAAUACAGAUUUUUUUUUCCUUCUCAGCUACUAGUAAAGGGAAUAACUAAUAUUAGACUUUUGUAAUAUAAUAUUUCUAUUUAGUUUUUUUUUUUUUUUUUUUACAGCAUAAACAAAAUUAGGCUGCAGUAAUGAUGCAGUACACGUGCCAUUUCUGUGGUACAACAAAUCCAGAGUGGGGACUUUUUUGAUGGGUACCACUUUCAAGUCCAGCAGCAGACAACUAUUCUUCACUCCAAACAAGGACAGAAAGGACUGGUCAGUACAAAAUGAAAGGAUUCUGCGGUAGUUGUACCAUUGUCCAUGCUGCCUGUGAGGGCUCUCCUGAGUUCAGGCCACUGUGUUGUGAGGACGAGAAGACAAAGGCAAGACAAUAAAAUAGAAAAGUACCCGCACCCUUCAUGAAUACUGUGGUUUAUUCAUAUUUCCCAGUGAGACUCAGUCAGCCAGUUAUUAUAGUAAUCAGGAUGUCAGCUGCCUUUCUUGUUUUCUCUUUUGUUUUUUACUCUUAGUAUGUCCACCACUUUGAAGAAAAUCUUUACGAAAGCAAGUGCAUUUCUGGGGUAUUUUAUGUUUCUGAAAAAGACCAGCUGAGGUCUUGCUGCUCAUUAAUUGUUUUGCUGUAUUCUCUCAUUAGCUGAAACUGGUCAGCCUUCUUACAGCAUUGUCCAUCAUGUCUUGUUCAUUUAACACAGAUCUUGUUGUGGUGCCAGCGUUGCAUCGCUUUGGUCAAGAUGAAGGUUGAGUCAAAACAGGCUGUGGGUUUGUUUUGGGUGGUUCCCCACAUCAAUGGAGUCCCCUAAUCUUCCAGUGGUAUUUUUGUAAUAAAGAAAUGUCCUCAACUUUUGCACUUAGUGGGAAAAAGUUGGCUUUCAGCUUUGCUUACGUGUUUUUGUCUUAAAAAACAGUUAAAAAACAAACGAUGGCUUUAAAUUGCUUUGUGAAUCUCUGAAAGUGUGAUCAUCUGGCGUGGCCUAUGAUCAAGCUGCCAGCCUCUAAUGCUCAAUUUUAUUAAGCUCAUAAGUUCAUAACAACAGUGAUAACAUUCAUUGGAAGAAAUGCACAAAACUAACAAAAAUUGUUUGGGGGAGAUUAAAAACAACAAACUUGUUACUGUAUUUCGCCUCUUAAAAGAAAUUAAAAGUGACUGAAAAUGUCAACACAGCAAGCAAAGACUGAAUUGGAAACAAUCUGUAUAUUAAGGGCUAACUGAGUCCAAAAUUCAACCGGCCCUUUUCUUGACAUAGAAAACAACCUGGUUGGAUACUUGCCACAUUACCACAGGGCAAUGAUGCUUUUGUGGUGAUAAUUUUUACAAGCAUCAGAGCAGAUACUAUUCAGGUGUUCGAACAACAACACUAAUCUGAGACCACUUUGCCUACAAUGAUGGAGGCUGCUUUAGCCACUCACCACCAAAAAAAUCUGUCAUAAUGGUUUGUUCAGAAAGAAAAUUCAGUUUGGUCCAAGAAAUGCAGUCAGAAGCAGUAACCACUGACACACAGCCAGUGAAGUCAUAAAUGGCCACAAUUGCUAAUGAAAUCAGAUAUUGUCCACAGUGUCAGGGUGUUUUCUUGAAUACAUUCGCACAGUUGUGCAUGUCAAUGUCAAUGUUGUGUUUAGCCAACAACUUUGAAACCCAUAACUGUGGGACUUUCCUUCCAGAAAACUAUCUGAUGGUGGAAAUCCCAGAUCAGCACCAAAAUCUAAUCAACCAUUUCUUGGGCUGAUCUGUCACAUGAGAUUUUGAAGAGUCAAACUUCUAGACCUUAGCCCAGAUGCCGUCGAACUGUGAGGAGGGAGCGACGUUAGGCAAAGAUACUGUGUGAGGUGAAAGGGACAGGUGCAUGCCGGUGGUCUUAAAACAACAGGAAGUUAAGUAGUUAUUGUAGUUUGGCCCGGUUAUCAACACGGUCAGUAGCUGGAGCUACAGUACUGACUGUGACACAGCUCAUGGAGGUAAUUAAGAUAACUACAUUAAAGAAAAAUUAAAGUGUCACACUUUAAAAAAAACCCUGCCUUAGCUUUUAAAGUUGUUCAUAAGUUUUGGAUUUUGAUGUCCUACUGAGUAUGGAAACCCUAAUGUCCUGUAGUUAGUGUGUGGGAGGAUGUGCAAUGUGUGUUCAGCUCAGAGUCUUAGAUCAUUUCUAGCCAACUGCUCUGAGAACAUUCCAAAGUAAAUGGAAAACAUCCGAACAAACAAGUGGCCCACACCCUCCACACAGAGCUGCAACACACAGAGCACACACUCAGAUCAAACUCUCUAGAUGGUAAAAGGUAAAAUGUGUUUGUAUUUGAUUUAUUUUGUACAAUGAGGUUAGAUGAAUGUUACCUAAGGAUUAACUGACAUACCUCAGAGCUGAAGUAAACAUUUAAACUGCCUACAAAUGGCAAUACAUUUUUGUCAAUGGUAGUCAGUCAUUAGCUGCGCAAAAAGCAGGUUAUAAUGAUGGAUCAGCAAUGUCUUUUCUGUCUGUUGUAAUUCUACUCCUCGUCAUUCCAAGGCUAAUUCCCCUGGUUUGGGUGGACAAAACACAGGAUUGGAAGCAUCUGUUAAGCUCUGAAUUUGCUGGUCCACCCACAUUUAAACACCAUUGAGCUUCCUGCUGAACAAAGUAUUAAACCAACCUCUGAAGGAUUUUUUUUUUUUCAUUUUAACCUUAGAAAGGCCCCAACCAGACAUGACUCACAUACUUUUUAUGGUUUAAAAGAAACCUUUAGACCCGCGACCGCAUAGACUUUUAUUUUUGCCACAGGAAGACAUUUUGUGGUUAUUUCUGUUAUGUCUUUCAAGCAUACUUCCUGGCUUUUAUCAGCACUCUGAGUUGUUUGGGUGGAUAUUUGAUACGGUUCUUGUGUCCACCUGAACGCCAAUUUUUCUCAUCACUAAGGUUCUUUAUUUUGUACAUACUAUAUCAGUUGUAUGUGACAACUGAGAUGUUGGGGAUUUCCCUCAGGAGAGUGAAUAUUGGGCUCCAAAUGAAUGAUGAUGCUGCUCCGUGUCUGCUGGAUGUGUUAAUAGGCAACUGUUUCCUGGCAUGUUCACCAUAACAACUUUUUAAGGUUAUAAUAGACAAUGUUGUGUGUUGUUUUUUAACUUGUUCACCUACCCCUAAGUGCCAAAAAAAUAAUUAAAGUGCAGCUUUAAUGCUCCAAAAUGUAGGACUGGUAAAAAAAAUAAUAAACAUAAUAAAUAUAUCUCCAAAUAUAAAUUAAACAUUAAGUUUAGAGAAAAUAAAACAGGCAAGGUUUACUAGCACACUGUCUGCAUUGAACUUGUAUAGAACACCUAGCAAUUAGAUUAAAUCUUAUCAUUAGGACCCCUGCCAGCUUUACUGACCUCCCUCCUCACUAUGCCAACAUGUCCCAUGUGGUAUCAUGUUUGACUAGGUAUCAAAUAUCACACAGUAUAAUUUGUAAGAUAACCAGGCAUUCAGUGUCUUACUGUGUGCUUAGAUUGCUGAUAAUGUGUAUGUGGUUUCCUGGAUACACGUGGCGUUUCAGUCAACAUAUCUUAACAAAGAUUCCAGAGAAAUGUCACAUGACAUUAACCAGUAAACUGAGAGUCUGGGGCAGCUGGGACAGCCCGAGGGUGGCUUGGUGUGUCUUUAAGAUGAUCAAAGUCUGGUGGUUUUAAUAGUCCUGGAGUCUUCACUGAAGGCCAUUUCAAGGACCCUUCUUCUUUCCUGAACUUGUAUGAGAUACUUGUUUUUGUGAUGCGAAAUCAGGCCCUGGCCCUUUGCUGCAUGUCAUCCCCUCUCUCUCUCCCCUGCCUUUCCUGUCUCUCUCUACUGUGACACUCAAAUAAAGUAGAAAGGCCAAAACAAUAAACUUGGAGGAAAAAUGACAGAUUAUACUAGCUAAGUAAUGCCUUGUGCUUGCAAGGAGACACUUAGUCUGAAGCAUUAUAGUUCAGGUUGUUUGUUGGUACGCGUGUGUUCAUGAAAUGUGUGUUUAGGUCUUUUCUCUUAUCAAUUUCUCCCCUCAAACCCACACAAUGUGGCAUCUGCCUGUUUUGAUACCUGGUUGAAACUAGGGAUGGAGAUUAAAACGAGGAGUCAAAGAGGGACACAGGAUAAAAGAGUGAAAGUGAAACUAAACUGAAGCUGACUUUAUCUGGUCUUCAUUUCAUUGCGGUUGCUCUAAAUUAAAAAUACCAGCAGAUAAAACUCAGCGACACUCAAAUAGAGAACACGUUUGAUACCAAUGUGACUCGCUUAAGACAUGCGUUCAAGAACAGUGAGACUGACUUUCUCACAAAGGGGGAGAAGAUGAGGUCCUGUCAAACGCGUCUGCAAGUCAUCUAGAUCCUUUGCCAUCGCCGCUGUUUUCAGUGAAGACUUUCUGAUGAAGAGGAGGAUGAAGACUGACAAACUGAGAAAGCUGCCAGCUGGCAAAUACAAAACAAGAAAGAAGCCUGAUGACUAAGAUGGCAUCUACAAUUCGAGAAAGGGCCAAGGCACAGGAUUGAGAAACAGUUUCACCACAGGACUAUCAGGCUGGUUUCCACCACAUCCACCCAUCCUGACAACUGGUGGGGAAACCACCUCAGCAAAGCUCAUCCGUUGAGUUGUUGCUGAGUCAGUUUGGGGUCAUGACAUCAUCAUCAUGAGAUGGGGAGGCUGGUGAGCAGUGACCACAGGCAGCGACAGAAGAGGUGGUGCCUGUGUGUCGUGGUUUGCAGCUGCUGGUUCUUGGCAAGCAAAUUGUGCUGUGGCGUUGCCUCUGGGAAUAAUUCGCUCAAAUGUUGAAAGGAAGAACAUAUUCAAAAGGUUUAAAAAGGCAGUAAGUAAGAUUUUUAUUGUUGGAUUGCACCAAAUGACCAUAAAACACCUGCAGGAGGUUGAUAGUGUUGUUAAUUGUCCAGGUGCUGUGGUCAUUUGGCUUUCCAAACUGUCUUUCCGGCUUGUGGGCUGUUUGGGAGCAAAAUCUCCACACCCAGUGAAGUCAUACUUAUGCUGUUGAAAUCCCAGCUGGUGGUGAACACAGCAAGUAACACACAAGUAAAGGAUUACUUACCCUCUGGAGUCCUGAGCAUUUUUUAUUUGCAGUAACAUAACUUUAUAUAUUAUGUACAGACAAGCUUAGAAAAGUGCUGAUGUGGAGCUUUCCCACAGUAUUGCAUUCAUCUCUCUCUUAUUUUCUGUGCUUUCUAGGCAUACAUAGACUCAAUGAAAAAGGGAUAAAAUCGCUUUACAUGUAAAUAGACUGUAUAAUAGUUUUAUUUCUUAAACCUUUCUGCUUUGUGUAUAUAAAUAGUGAAACAAUAUUUUUUACAACUUUGAACUGUUCUAUAAUAUUUUGAGAAUUUUAUAGGCGGCUGUGUCAUUUUUCUUGUAAUUUGGCUUCCUGGUAACUUUAUACUUAAAAGUUAAAUUGACAAAAUGAUUAGACAGACUUACAACUGAAUUUGGGCUGAAAAAAUUACGCCGUGCAUGUAGGGCAAAAGAUUUGUUUAAAAGAUGCUGAACAAAGACAAAUAUGAAUGCAUAGAGUAAGUACGUAUUGCAUUUGCAUGCUAUUUUAUCCGAAAAACAAACAUUAAACAAAACAAGAACACCCUGCAGCUUUCAUUUAAGUUAAAUUCAUUUAACAACACAGCUAAUCUGACAAGUUUUGAACAUACAACAACUGUGUGUACUCACAGGUUGUUUGUUGUUCUCCUUUCACAAAACUUAAUUUCUCUGUCAAGUUUAAAGCUCAUCAUUAAUCAACAUUUUUAAAUCUUUACAUUUUCUGAUUCAACAUUAAACUUGAAAUAACACUGCACUUUCCAAAACACCAGUAAAGCCCGAAUGACUGGAUGAAUUUGUUCUUCCUCUCUGGUUGUUGUAGAUACUGUAAUGCACCUUGCCUGUAUCUUAAUCACAAAGCCCAAGGUGACGUCCUCAGAUGUCUUGAUUAUUUUGACCAACAGUCCAAAAGUCAAAGAUAAGGGCCGUUCAGGUGUUGCGUCUAAAAUCGCGUAGAAAAUGCCAGCUGCGCCGCUUUCAUUCUUUUAUCCAAGGUGCUUGGGAGGUUGCACUACGGUCGUGUCUGCCAUUACUAACCGAUCCAAAUCAGUCAGUCUGAAUGAGUUACAGCAGUUGCUCUUCCAUCUUCAGUUACUUCAGUUUGGCUGACCUUUCAACCGGGUGUUGCGACGUCCUUGGACGGAGUGAAGCAAGUCAUGUAAAGCCGAGUGGUUAAUUCUUGUUACAAGACCUGCGGUGCGCUAGCUGCAUUCCAAGUAGCUGAGAUUGUUAUUUAUUUUUAUUUAUUUAUCUUGGAGCGCCGCGGAUGAGCCCUAAAAAACAGGCACGUCGCAACAAAUGCGCACCACGACAGGGUGUCUUUCAGUUUUGAGCGCCGUUGUUGCGCAUCUCCAUUGAAAACAAUGAAUUUGUGUGCACAAAAGAUGAACAGCCCCAUAUUCAGUUUUAUCACAUGAGACAAAUAAAAGCAGCAAAUCCUCACAAUUUACAAGUUGAAACUAGCUAAUAUUUGGCUCUUUUGCUUGAAAGAUUAUUUUAAUGAUAAUUCGAUUAUUUAAAAAGUUGCUGAGUAUUUUUCUGUCCAUCACCUCAUUUGAGCUCUAACGUAAUUUGAAUUUCAGCUUCCUGGCCUCCCAGAUGAUCAGCUGACUUCCUUCAAGGACUGUUAAUGCACUUUAGUAAGCAAGGCCUAUGGCAUUAAAACACUGCUUUUUGCUUUUACUUAUUCCUUAUCAAAAACGAUUUAACACGACUCACUUUUUUUUAGUAAAGGAAGGAUAAUCAGUAUUUUCUGUGCAUGUCUUUGGCAGCAGUUCAUGCAAACUAGUUGAUGAAAAACAUAAACAAGUUACUUUAAAGUUGGAUUUAUUCUCCUGCAUCAGAAGCUACACAUGGAGGCAUUGCAGGACUGUUCUGCACUUCCUCAAAAUUGUAACUACAUGUGUGGGCUACAAUAUGGCUGCUUGUGUUUUUUGGCAGUAGAAGGUUUCCACUUCCAGAGCUUCAAACUGGCAUGAUUGGCAUGAUUUUCAGUGAUUCUGUAGUAAGUGGAGCUAAAAAGAGUCCAGCUGUGAUAAAUUUGUGUGAAUACGUGUGGGAGAAGGAUUGAUUAAAAGAAGAGAUGUGAAAUGUGAUUACAGUUCUUUAAAAAAAAAUAAUGAUCGGAUAAUCGGAUGCCUGACAAAAAGACAUUCAAACAUAUCAUUUUAAGUAUUUUCUAAUACAUCCUCAGAUAGCACAGCCUUCAUAUACAGUAACGCUCUUUAAAAGUACAUAAUAAAAAACUAAUUUAAUUGUUUUUAAAAAAAAAUCAGGUUUCAUAGUUGAUCAAUAAACGGUCGUCAUUUAUGGGCUGAGCCUUGGGCUGCAAAGCCACAUUGGUAAAUUUCAAAAUGUAAUUAUCAGUGAGAACAUGCAUCAUUCCUGUGUGAUUUGUUUUUCCCAAACAGAUUUUGCCGUUCUACGAAUAGUAAUUUUCUGUUUGUCCUGAAAUUAACCAAAUUUUAUGUCUUACAAAAAACAGGUUUUUCCUCAAAGUGACGAACACAUCAGAAAGAUAGACGUGUUUUGUGUAGAGGACUGAAAUUUGUUUAGCAAUGCUCUGUCUGCAGGCACGGUUAAUGCUUUCAACAGAGCGAGAGAGCAGGCAUAAAAUAACACAUUUUGGCCUCAGUGGUUACUGACAUCAUGUCCACGCUAAUGCAGAUUUGUAAACAACUUUUAUAUUUUCUCUCUCGUCUUCAAUCCACAUUAAGCUUCAUUUUCAGGCACUGAAAACUGCACAUCUCUUAAAUCCUGCCCUACUCUAUUAGGACACAUUUUAUGGUCCGUUGAUCCAUUUGAAAGAAAGCUGCUUGGCAGAACAGAACUGAACAAGCAGAUCUGACAAGCCCAGUGAAAAAGACUUAGCUGUUUUUGUUUUAGCACUUCAAUAUGGACAGCAAAGUGUGUGUGGAUAAGACACAUUUGGCACCAUUUUCAGACUUAAUCUGCAUUAAUGUGAACAUGGCCUGAGACACAAAGGAAGGGUAGCCAUGAGGACAAACAGUACUGAUGGAGAAAGAGUGUUGCAUGUUGGAUGAAACAAGAAUGACAGAUACACAAUGAAAGAAUGACUGAUUCUGAUACAUAAAUCUGUAUUUAUCUUUGCUUCUGAUGAAACUGCUAACAACUCACAGACAUCUAAAACGUGACAAGAGGCCCCAACCAGACAUGGCUUUUUUGUCACAACCCAAAAAUGUUGGGAAACACUGGUUUAAUCUUUAAAAAUUCACUGUAUCUUAUAAACGUAUCAUAUGUUUUUCAAUUUAAAAUCUUAAUAUGAAAAGUAACUAGCAACUACAGCUGUGAGAUAAAUGUAGUGCAGUAAAAACUACAAUAUUUCCCUCUGAAAUGUAGUAUGAAGUAUUACUGUGAAGUAUAAUCAGUGUAAGUAUAGUACAACUACCACAAAAUUGUACAUAAGGAAAGGGAAAGACAAAUAGCUCAGCUUCUUAGUGUGUAUAGUUAACAUUUAUUUUGAGGGAGACAACACCUGUAGGAGAGAACAACCUGGCCACUGGCCUCCAGAUCAUUUGAGUUUGAGAGACCCCUGAUUUAGGAGCUUGUCUGUGUUUUGUUUUUAUUAUAAGACAUUGUGCUGUUAUCACAAAAUCUUGUCAGCAGCAGCCUGAAAAACACAGAGAGAAAAAACCAAGAGUGAGAAUGCUGGAAAAAAAAAACAAGGAAGAAAGGCAGACUCUGUGUGUGUGUGUGUGUGUGUGUGUGUGAAGAGUUUGAAAGAGAGCGUGUGAACUAGGAAGAGAGGGACAAAGACCGAACAGGAAAGAAUGUGUGUGAAAGAGAGCAAGACGGAGUGAGUCAGGGAGAGAGAGAGAAAGAGGAGGGGGAGAUAUAUUUGUAUGCCUAUAAAGCUCAGCAUGCUUCUCGUUUUGGAUUCUGGGCCUGUCGUGUAAAGUUUAGCAGAAGUGAAUCCUGACUGUAAGAAAUUAUGACAAUACACCAAUAAAACAUCUCAAACCGA